UCAGUUUCGGGAAAAAAAAGGCUGUCGGCUUUGGUGUUACUAUUAUUGUGUUCGACAAUAGCCGAGUGUCACAACGAAUUGAUAUUUCAAUACAGAGCAAAAGUUAGCUUUCGGACUACAUUGACAAACGGACGGCCGGUAUGGGUGCCGUUUCAAGCACCGAGGCAGAAAGGGAGCCGCUUCUUGCUCCUACAUCCGCUGGGACUACGAACAGCCAGCCAGUAAACAGUCGAGUUUAUGGCAGAAGAUGGCUGGUUCUGACCCUGUUUUCCCUGCUGGCACUAAUGCAGGGGAUGGUUUGGAACUUCUGGGGUCCCAUUCAAAACUCGGCUGUUAAGGCUUACGGGUUCACCAACUCUGACAUCGCAGUUUUGGUGCUGUGGGGCCCGGUCGGUUUCAUCCCCUGGUUGCUGUUUAUGUGGUUAAUGGACAAAAAAGGAUUACGGGCGUCCCUCCUGCUCUCUGCCUUCUUCAUGCUGCUAGGAUCGGCCAUGCGAAGCAUCCCACUGAAAGACCUACAGCUCAGACGAUGGUUAAUACAUGGAGGCCAGUUUCUAAAUGGUUUGGCUGGGCCAACCAUAAUGAGCGCCGGACCCUACCUUUCCACCACGUGGUUCGCCCCCGAUCAGAGAGCAACAGCGACAGCCGUGGCCUCACUGUUCUCCUACCUUGGAGGCGCUGCUUCCUUUUUAGUGGGACCUCUCAUCGUUCCAGCUCCUAACGACUCCCAGCCAGGCCCCACGACCGCACCACCGCUAUCCACCAGCUUUAUUCAGAACAGAACACAGCUGGUUAUGUACGCAGAAUUGGUGGCAAUUGGGGUGCUUUUUACAGCUGUCCUGCUCUACUUCCCAUCACGCCCACCAAUGCCUCCCAGUGUGGCUGCGGCAAGCCAGAGACUCAGUUACAGGAGCAGCAUCUGCAGACUUCUCAGUAACUUCCGGUUCCUGAUGAUUGCAUUGGCCUAUGCAGUCCCUACAGGAGUGAUUGGCGGCUGGUCUGGAGUCCUGGACAUGGUUCUGACACCAGCCAACGUCAGCCAGGUGGAUGCAGGCUGGAUCGGUUUUUGGUCUAUUGUCGGUGGAUGUGUGUUUGGAGUAGCAAUGGCCAGAUUUGCAGACUCCAUCCGUGGAAUGCUGAAGCUGAUCCUGGUGCUGAUGAUGGCUGGAGCCUCGCUGUCCUCGACAUGGUUUACACUCACCUGUUUGAGCACAAUUACCCACCUCCCAGUCACUCCAGCCAUUCUCUACGCUUCCUGCAUCCUGGUUGGCAUAUUUGUCAACAGCAGUGUGCCGAUUUUCUUUGAGCUCUUCAUCGAGACGGUGUACCCGGUCCCUGAAGGCAUCACCUGUGGGGUCGUCACAUUCCUAGGGAACUUGGCUGCUGGCCUGCUACUCUUCUUCCUCACCUUUUACCCCACAAACUUGUCGUGGCUGAACUGGUGUGUAACCGGUUCGUGCCUCUUCAGCCUCGUCCUUGUCCUCUUCUUCAGGGAGUCCUACGAUCGUCUCUACCUGGACGUCUUCGUCUCGGUGUGACACUGUUGAGGAAAAGUCAAGGCUAUUUAAUAACUGCUCUUGCACAGGGAAGAGGACAAAAGGGACAUGAAGUUGGGAAGCUUCUGCUCUUUGUAAGAUGUAAACGUUUAGGACAUUAAUGUAUAUAUACCUGUAACUGUGGUGAGAGUGAUAUCUGGCCAUAAUGAAGCACCGUUUACACCUUAGAAGUAGUUAUCACAAGGUCCUAUGAUGGUUUGACCUAUUUUUAUUGGUUCCUCUUUUUGUAUAUCAGCAACAUUAUAGGAAUGAUUUCUCCUUCUGAGGUAAACCCACCUGGAAGAACAGUUUGCUGUUUACAAAUAGUUUAAUAUAUAAAGUCACUUUCAGUGGCGUUCCUGGAAGCUUCCACUUGCCUCAUCUCUAAAGUAACCGGACACUGCCUCGAAGUUUACAAAAAGGGACGUCAGACUGAAUCCGAUUCAACAUUGAGCAUCUUUCCUGCACAAAGACGUAAGGGCCGACCAUGGACUAGUUUCCUCAGCCAGUUAGCCGGCUAUUAAAAGGGGACCUCCCCGUGUUUUGUUGCCGUUACAAACCGCCGGCUGUGACUCCUUGGGGGAGGCUGAACUGGCCCUACGGCAUUAAGCGACCUGUGAUAUUGCCCAUCAUUGAAAGGCAGGCACUUGAAUUGUGUUUUAUCACCCUCUCAAAAUGAAUAUUCUGCAAAAAGAUCCUUCAGAUCGAUGACAGGAUGCCAGCCAAAGACACGGACUGUGACUGGACGUACUUCUUAUUUGGAUGAAACCUCAAUGAAGUUUUCUUUUCAGUUGUUCAGACCAUUCAUGUCUAUGUCCAUAUCUGGGAUAUUGAAUUUUAAUCUAGUGUUAAUUUGGUUUUUUUUUAAUUAUUAUUCGCCUUUCUUCCUAAGCAGUGUCCCAGUAUUUAUUGAAAAAAACCCUCAACACUAACAGUUAACAGCCAGAAACAAGAAGUUUAUGAACAUUUCAUUUCAAGUUCCUUGUUCAAAGCACCAGCAGCUUCUAUUGCAACAACUGACUAAAACUAAAACAUUAAGAGAAAAGGAAAAGCAAGCUCGAAGUAGAGAUUCUAAUGGAUAUGUUGACUGAUAAAACUAAAAGUUGGACAAAAACAUCUCCAUAUCAAUAAAGCAGAUCUCCACUAUAGAGAAAUGUUAUUGUUUUUGUCUAACGUGCACGUUUUUGGUGUUUUUCCAGAAGCUGCAGGAAUCAUUUUUAUGUUUUCCCUCUGGAUAUAAAGCAGGCUGUGUAAUUUGUUCCUGGUCCUGUUUUUCCUCUUUGGCCUUGUGAAAAACAGUUCUCAUCUACCUACAGAUGUGUUGCCUUAAUUACCCAAUGCAGUGCAUUCAGCCCCCUCCCUCUCUUCUUGUCCACACUGUGAAUAUUUUAUCUCUGGAUUAUGUAAAAGGUCACGUUACUUUGUUACCCACACUUUAGUCACACUGUGGAGUGCCCUGGGGUAUGGUUAUGACUUUCAGUUUUGUGGGAUAAAACAAACACAGCUGUCAUAAAUGUCGAGCACCUUAUUAAAAUGAACAUUUUACAAAAUAA